UGUGGCUGGCAGAGGCCGUGAAAAUGGGACUGGGUGAUAGGAGAACUGGAGGGAUAUGCAGAUGGAGAGAUGUGGAGGGAUUUAAGGGAAGCAGGAGGCAUCAGGGUGGAAAGUAGAUACGUUCCUUUCUCUCUCCCAACGCUUUGAGUGUGUCUGUCAAAAUAAGAGGCUCUUUGCUGAAAUACUGCUGCAAUAUUCCUUGCUGUUAAAUGUUAAAUCAAUGCUGUUGCCCAGAGCUUUUUGUCUUCCUGAGGACCUGCAGGGACCUGACAGGCUUUAUCCUCAAGAAGUGACUUUUGUGCUGAUAGUUCCAGGCAGGGUCUCUCCCUGGAUUUGAGAUGCCACAUGCAGGAGGCUGUAUCACGUAUAUAGCUGACACCGUACUUUGGGAUCGGUCCAGCCAGAAGGUGUUAGAGAAAUCUGCGACACUUCUGUUGUCAUCUUUUUGCAGCCCACUGGGAUAAAUCGAGACGGUGCAUUUCCUGAGUGGGCCAAGCAUGAUUUAGUAUUGGAUGCUCCUGCGGCAAAGGUUUAAAUUAAAAUGGAGCUUCCCCCUAGACUUGGUUGAAUCAGCGUGUUGCUGGGUGCUAGCAAAGAUGGAAUGUGCUUCCCUUUUCCUUUCCGUUGCCAGCUGGCUCACACGCUUCAUCCCACAGACUUGCCACCUGAAUGCUCUUUUUCUUUGCAGUGUUAAAGAAACGCCUUGUGAAGCUUGUUGUCAACUUUCUCUUCUACUUCCGGACAGAUGAAGCGGAGCCCAUCGGAGCUCUGCUGCUGGAGCACUGCAGAAUCACCAAAGAGGAGGAGAACGUCUUCUCAAUCAGUUUCAUUGAGGAGCCGGAGAGGAAAUACUGCUUUGAAUGUGACAGUGAAGAGCAGUGUCAGGAGUGGAUUGAGGCACUCAAGCGAGCCAGCUAUGAGUUCAUGAGGAGAAGUUUGAUAUUCUACCGGAAUGAGAUCCAGAAAAUGACAGGGAAGGACCCCCUGGAGCAGUAUGGGAUCUCCGAGGAAGCCCGCUUCCAGCUGGGAACACGCAAGCAAUAACCUCCUUGCUCGGGCUGAACUGGCUUCUGGCCACAGCCAGAAGAU